CACUGCGCUUGCGGAGGGCAGCUCUCCUCUUCUGAACCACGUCUUCUCCCCAACUAUCCAUCCACCCAACCAUUCCCAUCUGUUAAUGCUCAUCUAGUCCCUGUGCUUAAGUUGUCACACGCUGAAGAAGAGGAGGGGGACGAGGUGCGUGUUGUGAACACAAAUGACCCUGAGUAUGAGCAUGUCUACGCAAUGGAGUACUACGAAGAGGGCCUGGAAGCUGAUGGGACAGAGAGCACCAUGCUGAGCGAUGCUGACCUAUGCAGCUUGCCCCUGGACGAGGGAGACUGCAGCAGAUUCACACUCAGGUGGUAUUAUAACCAAAAAGUGGCAGAGUGCCGGCCUUUCGUCUACAGUGGCUGCAGGGGGAACCUCAACCGUUUCUACACCAAGGAGGACUGUGAUCUCCAAUGCAGGCACCAGGCAGAUUCAGAUGCCCAAAUUGCUGCUGACAACACAUCAGAUACGAAGAGGAAUGCGUAAACUGCCCUGUUUUAGUGGGGUUUCCCUGUCCAAGGGGGAACUGACCAAAGGGAGAGAAGACCCCACCUGCCCUCUGAGUGAAAGACUCUUACAGGCUCCUACAGGGGAACUUACCCUGGGCCUGCCCCAGGUCCCAGCCACACAUGGUGCGUUUGGUCUGAGACUCUCCUUGUUGCCAUCUCUGCUCCCUGCAGCGCUGCCCCACAUGCCAGCUUGCUGGAGCAGAGACUUGGUGCUAUUUCUCAAUGAGUGUUUGUGCUGCUCUUGGUUUUACUUUUUAUUAUUAUUUUUAAAUUAAGGUGAAAUUUUUAUCAAAUGGAAAAAAAUAUCUGUAACCUCUUUAAAAAGCCAACAGUUCUGAAUUAGAGCUUUUUAACUUAUUUGAUGCUGAUUAAGAACACACAGAAUGCGUUAGCCAGUCCAAACCUGUUCAUAUUGCCACUUGCUUUAUUUCUGGUUCAAAGGCCUGUGGGCCCCUGGUUGUGAAAUGGACUAGCCAGCUUGAAUGUCUCCUAGCCAAACUGCUCCUGUGGAAUUGGCGAACCACUCACUCAGUGAGCCGAGCUGUGAAUGGCAUCAUUGCACAAAGCCCCUGGAUUCAGUGCCAAAGUUUGCAUGAUGUUAAUUCUCCAAAGGGUAAAAUCAUCUUGGUUUCUGCGUGGAAACGGCCCCCUUCCAUCCCCCAGGCACUGGAAAUGCUCCUUCGUGGCUUGUAACGCUGUGCUUUCUUUUCUCUUGCUGUUUGUCUUUUGGGGGGACUCGUUGGGCUGUUGGCAAUUCCACCCUUGGGGCUGCCGGCAAUUCCACCCUUGGGGCUGCCAAAGGAAUAGAACAUACAGGCUGCCUUCCUCUCCUGGCAUAUCCCAGGCAUUUGGACUGUAUCCGAGAGGAGGAAAUACAACCCAGUUGGGCAGCCCUUGAGUCUUAGAGAUGCGAUUUCACGGCUUGGAAGAGAUUGGCCAGGUGUCAGUUCUCCUCAAGCCCCAGCAAGAGCCAGAGCCCAGGGACCUUCUCUAUAGGCAAUUCCACCAUUCUCAGCCUAACUCUUCUCUUAGCUCCAUGCUCAGAAGCCCUCGCAGACAAGCAUGUUGCAAAUAGCAAAAUACGGUUUACUGCUUAGCAACGGAGAUCAGCCUCCCUCUCAUGGUCCAUGCAUUUCCCUCUGGAUCCCCAAGAAACCUGUUCUGCUCCAGAACAGGAUUUGCCAAAGGAAAGGACCUGGUUGGUGUCUCAAACCUCCAUGCUCCGGUAGGACCAGACUGUUUGCAUGCUCCAUUCGCCAUCAUCUCUGCCUUUUUUUUCAAACAAACCAUUUUAUAGUAACUAAGGGUAGUGGGUAGGGCUUGUUAAAGGCACUUUCCUGUUGGCCUCCACCAAAUCCUGGAUGUUAGCUACAUCUCCCGUGUGCUGCUCCCCUGCACUGUGUGCUGCUUGAUGUCUGCAAACAUUCAGUUGGGAUAAAACAGCUGGGAAAUUCAAUUCACACCUGACUGGACCUC